CCAAUUCCCAAGAGUCUCAUAUGAUAUGGCUCGCUGGACAAGCGCACUAAAUCAGGAGAGUCCUUUCACCAACGCCGACUCGCCCUAUCGUUCCACCUCGACUAAGCAACUAACCCAAGUUUGACAAAGCGGACGGGCUGUUGACCGCUAGACGCAAAUUCUUUCACGCUGUGUACAAAGACCACCUCUUCUAUUUCUGUGUCUCUCCUCCCUCAGUUAGAUUGAAUUGGAGGCAAACAUGCGAUUGAAUUUCAGUCAACCCCCGACACCGGCGUUGAGUCGGCAGAACACCACGUUCCUUAACAAUGCGCAUCACUAUCGCGCAGGGACCCAUCCGCAUCUCCUGACGAGUCGGAGCAAGCCCCGAAGAUGGCCUCUGGUGUUCCGAUUCAUCAAAGGCGCUAUCCACGCGGCCAUUCUGCUGCCCGUCUUCCUACACGCCGCGUUCACAGCCUUUGUGGUCUAUCUCGAUAUCUAUGUCUUUGAUACGGUUGGGCUACCAAGCAGUAUUAUCCCAUCCUUGUCUAUAGUCGUGGGUUUGAUGCUCGUUUUCCGGAACCAGACGUCCUAUAACCGGUUUUGGGAUGGGCGUAAUGGAAUGAACACAAUCUAUACGUGCAUUCGCAACCUGGUCAGGACUAUCGUCACCAAUGGAUACAGCACCGCAGGUCCUCCCACUGCCGCGGAGAAAGAGGACAUCGAACGGACGAUACGAAUCCUCAUGUCGAUUCCCUUUGCAGUCAAGAACCAUCUUCGCGCUGAAUGGGGAGCGGCGUGGGCUCUAGGAAAUGAUGUAGCCGAGAACGGUGUCGCAGCGUUCAACCCCGAUUAUGCAAGUCUCCUUCCAGCUGGACUGGUGGGCCACGAGGAUGAGGGGCUGGGAUUACCGUUUCAACUAACCUUCUUCGUGGAUGGGUUUAUCAAGAGGGGAGUGGAGCGCGGCUGGUUCAACGCUCCCGGGGCAAGUCAAAUGCAGGCUCAGUUGAAUUCAUUGAUGGAUGCCUAUGGAAGAAUGGAGACCAUCAAGCUGACUCCUAUUCCGGUUGCGCACUUGAUCCACCAAAAACAAGUUCUCGCUCUCUUUGGCUGCGUCUUACCCUUCGGUAUGGUUGACGAUAUGGGGUGGUGGACCGUUCCCAUGGUCAGCCUGGUCAUCUUCACCCUGUAUGGCAUCGAAGGCAUCGGCUCGCAAUUAGAAGACCCCUUCGGGUACGACCGCAAUGACAUCAAGAUGGAUGCUAUUGUCGGCGACGCCAAGACCGAAAUUGAAGUCGUACUGGCCGAAUGGCGCCGACUGAUGGCGUCCCUCGAGUCAGGCUCGGCGACCGAUAAUGGCGAUCAGCAUCUCGGCAACGGUUUGGUUGUGGAAGAGGAGGUUAAGGAGCAGAAAUUCAUGCCGCCUGAUAUGUUCCUCAAGCAUCGCGCGAGACCAUCCGGGCGAUAAGUAGCUAGCCAGCUAUUUCUGAUUGUGAUGGUUCCCGGAAACUGGGCGUUGUGGAGAUCGAGCAGAUCUAGCGUCACUAACAGGGAACUAUCACCUUAGACCAUCUCGGUUACAAGAGAUCGACGCCCUAUCAGCCUGUCAAGCAUGCGAGUGAUUAUCUACGAGGACAUUUUUCAUCCUUGCGAUCGUCAGGGGAUAUCUCCAUCGAGUAAUAUGGAUCAUUGCUGGACCAAUCCGACAUCGUCGACAUAUCAAGUCUAUAGUUUCUUUUUUUGUAUUUUCCGAAAUAGCUCCACUUUCUGUGCAUACCCUCAAUAUCAUGAACAUGAAAAUG